GAGAGAGAGAGAGAGAGAGAGAGAGAGAGAGAGAGAGAGAGAGAGAGAGAGAGAGAGGGAGAGAGAGAGAGAAUAGGCUGUGUGUAUCGUGAAGAGGCUGUGUAUUUAGGAGAAUCCAUAGUCCUCACAAGGAUAAGAGAAGAAAGACAAAGACCGCAAGCUUUCAUUUUUCUCCUCAUUAUUCCGCAUCCUACCGGAGGCUUUUGUGUCUUAUUGUUUUUGGUCCUUCUCUCUUUCCAUCCUUCCUUCCUUCACCGCGGAAGGAGGAACAGCACAGCAGCACAGCCGGUGGUGGAAGUUGACACUGUAGUGUGGGUGUUGAGCUGAGAGGCCCUGGUUGAUGCUGUGAAAAAGCUCUGUAAGGACAAACACAAGCAAAGGUUGCAGCCAUGGGGAACCUCAUUAAGGUCCUUGGCAAGGAUUUAGAAAACUGUCCACAUUUUUUCCUGGACUUCGAAAAUGCCCAGCCUACAGAGGCAGAGACGGCGGUAUGGAACCAGGUCAGUGCUGUCCUGGAGGAGGCCCAUGGCAUCCUGGCUGAACUACAGUCAUACAACGGGGCCGGACAGGAGAUACGAGAGGCCAUCCAGAACCCAGGUGAUCUGCAGCUACAGGAGAAGGCCUGGAACGCAGUCUGCCCCCUGGUGGCCAAGCUCAAACGCUUCUACGAGUUCUCCCUCCGACUGGAGAAUGCCCUGCGUAGCCUGUUGGAGGCGCUGACGAGCCCUCCCUACGCUCCCAUGCAGCACCUGGAGAGAGAACAGGCCCUGGCCAAACAGUUCGCUGAGAUACUCCACUUCACCCUCAGCUUCGACGAACUAAAGAUGACAAACCCAGCCAUUCAGAAUGACUUCAGCUACUACAGGAGAACCAUCAGUAGAAACAGGCUGAACAACCAGCAGUUGGAGGCGGAGAACGAGGUGAACAACGAGAUGGCCAAUCGGAUGUCUCUGUUCUACGCCGAGGCCACACCCAUGCUGAAGACCCUGAGUAAUGCCACCACCAAGUUUGUGUCAGAGAAUAAGACCUUACCCAUUGAAGACACCACAGACUGCCUGAGCACCAUGGCUUGUGUGUGUCGCGUCAUGCUGGAGACCCCUGAGUACCGUUGUAGGUUCACCAACACAGACACCGUGUUGUUCUGUAUGAGGGUGAUGGUGGGAGUAAUCAUCCUGUACGACCAUGUCCACCCUGUAGGAGCCUUCGCCAAGACAUCCAAAAUAGAUAUGAAGGGCUGCAUCAAGGUGCUGAAAGAACAGCCUUCCAACAGCGUGGAGGGACUAUUGAACGCACUGAGGUAUACAACCCGACAUCUUAACGACGACAGCACCUCUAAACAAAUCAGGGCUCUUCUUCAAUGAAAGAUGGGAGAGGCGAGUGUGAAGGAAGGAGAGAGAGAGAGAGAGAGAGUGCACACAGAGGGAGGAGAAGUAAAAAUGAAGGAGAACAAACUGUGUUGGCUGAAUCCUGUUUGUUUACAUGAAUGAAAAGCUAAAUGAUCAGGUCUGAUAAAAACUAACUGAUGAGAAGAAGUUUAUGUAUUGUUCAUCGUUCUGUCUCUCAUUUUGUAAAAAAUUAAAGAAAAUGAUGGAAAAUAAUCUAUAGAGAUAUAUAUUAAAGAAAGAAAAAAAAAAAACUAAACAAGUGAUACCAGAUUUCUAAUAAGACUAAAGAGGAGGAACAACAAGGAAAAGGCUAUGUUAGAAAAAUAUACGGUCAGAAAAUAAAAACUGAAGCAAAAAAAUGAAAAUAAACAAAAAGUUUCAUAUUCCGUACAACAACGUUAGUCUGAAGAAUAUUUUUGCAUUCACGUAGAAUAUAAACAGCGCAGUCUGUCAGUCUCCACCUAGUCGCUGGAAAGAUUUAAACCAGGCUCCAUUAAACACUGUAAAGAAUAGACUGGGAUUGACAAAAGGGCCUGAUUCCAAACCAAUGGCUUAUCCUCCUCCAAAAAUCCUCGUUGACUCCCCUUGAUCUAAAAUGACUUUGAGUUGGGAGCAUUGUGGGGGAAACACUUCAUAACAUACCAGAAGGCUAAUGGGAGCUUUAACCAUUUGUCAGAUUAUCAACAAGGUCCUAGGGUUCGGGAAGAGGUAUUGGUUUGGGACCAGGCCCCUGUGUAGAUUAUAAUCAGUCACUGCAUUGAGGGUCCAUCCCAAUAGUUUAAAGGGGCUUCCUCUUCUCCUCGUCUCCUCUCCUUGUCUCCUCUCCUCCAUUUACACUGAACUGACAACACAGGCGUUAUUAAGUAAGUAUUGCAGAUGAAAAAAAGGGGACGAGGAGACAAGGAGGGGAAGCUAUUUUAUUCACAUACACCCAGACACUGCUCAUCACACACCCACUCCGACCCUCCCCCCUCCCACCACCCACCACCCACUUGAAUCGUAACCACGGGAACUGUGGGAGUUUUUUGGCACUUGUACGUUAUGUUAUGCCGUAAAUGGAGUUUGUGAAGAAUGUUGGUGAUUCAGCCCUCUCUUUAUGGUGCUAAAACGUUUAACUAUCGACAUAAAACCUCACACAACGUUUCAUACAUCUAGUGCCAAAGCUACCGCAUCAUCAGCAGGUGAGGAGGGGGUUAAAGGAGAUACCGACGGCUCGCCUUGUACCACCUUUAGGGGGUUAAAGGAGAUACCGACGGCUAGCCUUGUACCACCUUUAGGGGGUUAAAGGAGAUACCGACGGCUAGCCUUGUACCACCUUUAGGGGGUUAAAGGAGAUACCGACGGCUAGCCUUGUACCACUGCUAGAUAUCUAUCUUUAGGCGGUUAAAGGAGACACCGGCAGCUAGCCUUGUACCACUGCUAGAUAUCUAUCUUUAUGGGGUUAAAGGAGAUACCGAUGGCUAGCCUUGUACCACCUUUAAGGGGUUAAAGGAGAUACCGAUGGCUAGCCUUGUACCACAUUUAAGGGGUUAAAGGAGAUACCGAUGGUUAGCCUUGUACCACCUUUAAGGGGUUAAAGGAGAUACCGACGGCUAACCUUGUACCACCUUUAAGGGGUUAAAGGAGAUACCGACGGCUAGCCUUGUACCACCUUUAAGGGGUUAAAGGAGAUACCGACGGUUAGCCUUGUACCACCUUUAAGGGGUUAAAGGAGAUACCGACGGCUAGCCUUGUACCACCUUUAAGGGGUUAAAGGAGAUACAGACGGCUAGCCUUGUACCACUGCUAGAUAUCUAUCUUUAUGGGGUUAAAGGAGAUACCGACGGCUAGCCUUGUACCACCUUUAAGGGGUUAAAGGAGAUACAGACGGCUAGCCUUGUACCACCUUUAGGGGGUUAAUGGAGAUACCGACGGCUAGCCUUGUACCACCUUUAAGGGGUUAAAGGAGAUACCGACGGCUAGCCUUGUACCACCUUUAAGGGGUUAAAGGAGAUACAGACGGCUAGUCUUGUACCACUGCUAGAUAUCUAUCUUCAGGGGGUUAAAGGAGAUAGUGACUGACUCCUAGAUAUCUAUCUUUAGGGGGUUAAAGGAGACACCGACGGCUAGCCUUGUACCACUGCUAGAUAUCUAUCUUCAGGGGGUUAAAGGAGAUAGUGACUGACUCCUAGAUAUCUAUCUUUAGGGGGUUAAAGGAGACACCGACGGCUAGCCUUGUACCACUGCUAGAUAUCUAUCUUUAGGGGGUUAAAGGAGAUACAGAUGGCUAGCCUUGUACCACUGCUAGAUAUCUAUCUUUAGGGGGUCCAAAAGGCUCCAGGACAUCACAGUCUACUGCUCCAAUCCCUACAUAGCCAACCAGCCAUCAGUAAACCAUAUUCUGUACCUUGUGAAAUCUUGAUGUGCCAUCUUGGAUUUUUUUUGGUGGAAUACUCUCUUGAAGAAUAAAGAGAAGGGCAGAGACUUUCAGGGAGGGACAAAGACCUUAUCAUUAACAAGAGGAUAUAUAAACACACACACAUAUGCACACAGGCAUAGUCAUUAGAUUACUCAUAGAGUCGCAGUGUAAAUAAGUGAGCGAGCUGAGUAUUUUCUCAUCAGGCAACUACAAGGCCAGCUCUGGUCCUCCAGGAUAGAAUGCACAACAACAAUAACAAAUGUGCUUCUGUUCCACUAGACAUUUCUUCUUUUAGUAUGAGGCAAAAAAAAAUGUUGUUGAUAAAGUGGGUAUUGAAAAUAAAGAAGUUGAAAAAGGAGAUUUUAAAAAAUGCAGAGCUGUACUUUCCAUGUCUAUAGACCUUAGUCUGACUUCAGUUGAUCUCAUAAUAUAUUUUCUAUACAGGGGUAUGUGGUACGAACAUAUUCCGUAUAAAUAUAUAGAUGGCAUGUUGUAAAGUUCUAACAUAAAAUGUGUACAUAAAAGGUGUUUUUAUUCAUUUUUAAUUGUUCAGUGAAGCUGAAAUUGGGUGUGUUGUCUCUCUCAGAAAUACCAUGGCUUGGCUUGGACCAUUGGACUUGCUGUAGUGAGUCAUAGGUUUAAAAAAAAAAAAAAAAAAAAAACUCAUCUUGGCGAAUGAAACGGCGGGAGGGGCGGGACUAGGGGUGAGCUGUCCAUUUGCUUGUUAUUUUGUACAUUUUGUGCAACAAUAAAACUUGUCCAUUUAUUACAUUCAA